GAAUGAUUCUUCACCUUGUUGUAGUGGUUGUAAUGGCGCAUAUCCUUGUAUCUAGAAGCAACGCAGCAUCACAACAAAUGCCAAAACUGAACGAACGGCACUUCGAAAUGCUCAACAACAUAACUGCUGACACUCUUGUGGACUUCAUAAUAAGAAAAUAUUCAACCGUCGACAGUGUUUUAUCGUUCGAAGGAUAUGAACAAUUGUUGGAAAAUUUAGAGCUGGGUGUGAUAUAUAAUGGUCAUGAUGAAGAUCACAUUCAUCAGCCGGAAGCUGGACCGACUGACCACAGUGAUCAUAGAUACCAUAGUGACCAUUUAGACUACGGUGACCAUACUGACCAUACUGAUCACAGUGAUCAUACUGAUCAUACUGACCAUGCUGACCAUAAAGAUCAUACUGACCACAGUGACCAUGCUGAAAAUACUGACCGAAGUGAUCUUGGUGACCAUACUGACCAUACUGACCACAGUGACCACAAUGACCAUACUGACCAUAAAGAUCAUACUGACCAUGACGAUCACAUUGAUCAUACUGACCAUACUGAUCACAGUGAUCAUACUGACCAUACUGAUCACAGUGAUCAUACUGAUCAUACUGACCAUGCUGACCAUAAAGAUCAUACUGACCACAGUGACCAUGCUGACAAUACUAACCGAGGUGAUCUUGGUGACCAUAGUGACCAUAGUGAUCAUACUGACCAUACUGACCACAGUGACCACAAUGACCAUACUGACCCCAGUGACCAUGCUGACAAUACUGACCGAAGUGAUCUUGAUGACCAUACUGACCAUACUGACAAUACUAAUCACAGUGAUCAUACUGAUCAUACUGACCAUACUGACCAUAAAGAUCGUACUGACCAUGACGAUCACAUUGAUCAUACUGACCAUACUGAUCACAGUGAUCAUACUGAUCAUACUGACCAUGCUGACCAUAAAGAUCAUACUGACCACAGUGACCAUGCUGACAAUACUGACCGAAGUGAUCUUGGUGACCAUAGUGAUCAUAGUGAUCAUACUGACCAUACUGACCACAGUGACCACAAUGACCAUACUGACCCCAGUGACCAUGCUGACAAUACUGACCGAAGUGAUCUUGAUGACCAUACUGACCAUACUGACCAUACUGACCAUACUAAUCACAGUGAUCAUACUGACCAUAACGACCAUACUGACCAAAGAGACCAUACUGACCACAGUGACCACAGUGAUAAUACUGAACAUACUGACCAUGCUGAUGACAGUGAUCAUACUGACCACAGUAAUCGUGGUAACCAUACUGACAACAGUGAUCAUACUGACCACAAUAAUCAUACUGGUCAUACUGACCUUAUUGGCCAUACUGACCGUAUUGACCAUACUAAUCAUGGUGAUAAUAGUGAUCACAGUAACCAUGGUAACAACACCGAACACUUUGACAAAAGUGGUAAUAAUCACAGUAAACGAAGUCUGGCCAAAUCUCUGACUGAAAUUGACUUUCGCACCAAGUGUUUGAAGCCAUUGGAGAUUCUGCAGGUAAUGAGAUUCACUGGCCGAAAUCUAACGAGGGAACAGUUUAUACAGUUGUGUCCACUGCUUAUCGUACAGCUAGACGGCCACCGUUGUCACCCAUUACAUCGACCUCGUCAUGCGCAUGCGCAUGAUCACGAAAAUGAGGAAAACAUUGUCAAUACCAAAACAUGGUUAUAUGCUUUUGGAGCCAAUGUGGUGAUCAGUUUUUCGGGCCUGAUCUGUGUUGCCAUUCUUUCCCUGCUCCAUCACAUGUUUGUCGAGAACUUCCUCCACUUCUUGGUGGCGAUGGCAGUAGGGGCGUUGACCGGAGACGCCAUGCUUCAUCUUCUACCCCACGCGCUGACCUCGUCAGAUGGCCAUGCCCAUGACCAUAGUUCCGGCGAGGGACAUGACCUAGCAAAUGUUUACAAAGGUUUGGCGGGACUGGCGAUUUUUUAUUUCUUCUUUCUCUUUGGGAGGAUCCAGAACAUAGCCAGUAUAAGAAAAAUGAAGAGAAGAAGAAAGGAAAAGUUGGCAGAUCUGGAAUCAGUUGGAGUAACCAUGGUAAUCAGAUCUCCAGAUGAGGAAGGCAACAUGGUAAUGGAGAGGAUUGCGACCGUCAAAAGAGAGGAAGCUGAUGAGGAACAUUGUGGCAACUCACAUGGUCAUUCACAUGGUCACGACGGGGAGCUUGUGUCCACUGGGGCCAUGAUAUGGCGCGUGAUUAUAGGGGACGGGAUCCACAACUUCAGUGAUGGACUGGCUAUCGGGGUUGCGUUCGCGGACAGUGUAACUAGCGGUCUGAGCACGGCCAUAGCAGUGCUGUGCCACGAACUGCCACAUGAAAUAGGUGAUUUUGCCGUUCUCCUAAAGAAAGGGAUGUCAGUCAAAAAAGCGUUAGGUUUCAACUGCCUGUCGUCUGUCCUUUCAAUGAUUGGCGUUUUGGCGGGAGUCGCCAUGGGCAACAUCUCAAGCAUCAAAUUAUACAUCCUGGUCUGUGUAGCUGGGAUGUUCAUUUACAUCUCCCUUGUUGACAUGCUUCCGGAAAUAAGUAGCAGCCCUAGUAAGAACCCUCUGCGUCACCUUGUCUUCACCAUGCUGGGAAUCGGCGUAGGCUCUGGGAUCAUGCUUACUAUUGCGCUGAAAGAAGACGAAUUAAAGCAGGUCAUUUCGUGAUCAACGACGUAAUUUGAAUGACUCGUCACGUGAUUAAUAGAUCAGGAAAAAAAAGUUUAUCACGUGAUCAGCAAUGGUUUGGAUUGACACACUUUACAUAACUGGCGUAUCUUGUUAAUCUGGAAUUUCUGUGAGUUCCAUACUUUGUUAUAUUACAUAUCCUAGAUACACAACUCCACUCCUUCUCCAUAACCUGCAUGUGAUAUGAACGAUCCUUUACUUUGUAUAGAACAGGGCAUCUUGCUACAAAUUAUAUAUUUGAUAUCAAUAUAUUCAUAUUGUUGACUCUGUAAUUGAUCUGUCAAGAAGGCUUCCAGUCGAUGAUGGAAAGAACAAAUAACUGUUCUUUAUGCAGUUAUCUCAAACGUACACAAUACUUGUCUUAAUAUAAUCACACAACAUGAGUUUCUGUCGCAAUAAUAUUUAUCGCAUGUCCUGUUAAUUAUGUACUUGUUCAAUGCAUUUUAAUGUAAUAUUUGUUUGCGUUUUAUGACUUUUUAUAAAUGAAAUCAUUUUAUAGUUUUAGUUUUAGCAUUUUUGCUAUUGUACAAUUAUAUACCGGUGCUUGAAAACAAUAAUGAUGUCUACAUAUGUAUACUAGUAUUCCUACAAAACACAACAGGAUAUACUGAAGGUUGUUUUGUUUUUGACCGUUCAAGUUCAUCCAGUCUUUUUACAAAAAGUUUGAAGCAAGUUUAUUUCUUCAGAAAACAUCUUUGAUAUCCUUAUUACGAAGGUGAUUUUUUUUCUCACAAUUACAAAUCUUCAAAAUUGACGAAAAUAAUUAACCAUUACGACAAUCAAUGGUUAAUGAGAUUUUGCUAAAUAUGUAUUUGUUUAUUGGUCGCCAGGCUUGUAUGACGACAUCAAAACGGGCUGAUCUUCUUAAGAUGAUUCGAGGGUAAAUAAUUCUAUUGAUGUUAUCUUUAGGAUAUGUUCGACAGUUUCUAUAUAGGGGCGGAAGUAUAUAUUUAUAUUUAUUGACGUGUUAUACAGAUUGUGUAUACAAGAAUUAUGAUUCCAUAUAUGGUGAAAAAAGAAAUGCAAAUUAAUAAAGAAUAUUUCAUAUGUCA